ACGGCUGUCAAACCACCCUGUCCGGUCCCAUUUCCAGUCAUCACACUGCCCCAUCCUAUUCUCGUAUUCUUCAAUAAAGCAUGAUAUAACUUCACAUUCACCAAUCUAUCCUUAAACAUUAUAGCUCAUAAUGGCUAGAGGAACGCCCGCCGUUUCCUCUCCCUCCGCUGCAACGCCCCCCUCCGCGGCACUGAAACGCUCCACGUCCAGUACCCAGAACAUGAAGAACCAGAAAUCAAUCCUUGGGUUCUUCCAAAAGUCUUCCCCAUCAACUCCGUCAACCGCUCGUAACGCGGAACCUGCUUCUUCUCCAGCGGAGAGGGUCUCGGAGCAGCGCCUCGGCGGUGCCAAGGGCGCAGCAGAAAGGAAAAAGAGCAUUCCAAAAUUCAAGCAGGAAUUGGAACCGGUGCCUAGCAGUGACUUGAUUAUUCCCGAAGAGGAUGAGCAGGGAGAUAAUACCCAGGGGAGUCCGAAUGGGGAGGCCGAAAUGAAGACAGCAUCUCCAUCACGACGGGCCAAAAAACAAGUCAACUACGUCGAAUCCGACUCCGAAGGCGAAGAUGAUGACGAGAAGAUAUUCCGCCCAGGGCGAAACAGCCGAAGUAAGCGGAGGAAGAUGUCGCCUGAAAGUGAAGACGAAUUCAACGAUGCUGGUGGAGACGUGGGGUACUCCGACGAUGAAAUGGACGAUUUUGUUGUUGCCGAUGAUUCGGAUGAAGAGGUGAAGCCAACCAAGAAGCGCAAGAGGCCAUCAACCCAACCGAAGACCAAGUCCUCUUCAUUGCCGCCUGUAUCGACAGAAGAGGGCCUGGACCUGGACAUUCCAGACGCGUCUUCUGGUACAGCUCUCAAAUGGACGUACGAUCCCGAAUCUUCCGAACCUCGCCAGCCACGCGCAGCACCAGUUACUCCCAAGAGCUCUUCGACUGCUAAAAAGCAGAAAGCACAUGUUACAGAUCCCGAACAACGGUAUGCCUGGCUUGCGAAUAUCCGCGACAUAGACGGGCACCCUAUCGGUCAUCCUGAAUAUGAUCCUCGCACUCUAUAUAUUCCCCCGUUGGCCUGGGCCAAAUUCUCUCCUUUUGAGAAGCAGUAUUGGGAGAUCAAGCAGAGGUUCUGGGACACCGUUGUCUUCUUCAAGAAGGGCAAGUUCUACGAGCUUUAUGAAAACGAUGCUACUAUCGGACAUCAGCUUUUCGACUUGAAGCUUACGGAUCGUGUCAACAUGCGCAUGGUUGGUGUCCCCGAGAUGAGUCUGGAUCACUGGGCCAACCAGUUUGUGGCCAAGGGAUUCAAGAUCGCUCGAGUCGACCAGAUUGAAUCAGCCUUGGGCAAGGAGAUGCGCGAGCGAGAUGGAAAGAAAGGCGGGGCGAAAGAGGACAAAGUCAUCAGGAGAGAACUGGCCUCCGUUCUCACGGCUGGUACUCUUGUUGAGGGCUCCAUGCUCCAGGAUGAUAUGUCUACGUUCUGUGUUGCCAUUAAAGAGGUCCUGAUAGAUGAUCACCCUGCUUUUGGAAUCGCCUUUGUCGACACUGCAACCGGUCAAUUCUUCCUGUCCGAGUUUGUGGACGAUGUUGACAUGACAAAAUUCGAAACGUUCGUCGCACAAACCCGACCGCAGGAGCUCCUCUUGGAAAAGUCUACAGUUUCCCAAAAGGCUUUGCGUAUUCUGAAAAACAACACGGGACCGACCACAAUUUGGAACUACUUAAAACCAGGAAAGGAGUUCUGGGAAGCCGACAUUGCGGUGAAAGAGCUUGAUGCUAGCGAGUAUUUUGUCUGCGAAGAUGGCGACAACUUACAAGCAUGGCCCGAAGCACUUCGAGAAGCUCGCGAGAAAGAGCUUGUCAUGUCCGCAUUUGGGGCUUUGGUACAAUAUCUCCGAGUCCUCAAGAUCGAGCGUGACUUGAUAACCAUUGGCAACUUCACUGCGUACGACCCGAUCAAGAAGGCCACCAGUCUGGUGCUUGAUGGACAGACCCUUAUUAACAUGGAGAUCUUUGCCAACUCUUUCGACGGCGGCUCUGAGGGCACGUUGUUUCAGCUCCUUAACCGUUGCAUCACACCUUUUGGCAAGCGCAUGUUCAAGCAAUGGGUUUGCCACCCGCUUGUGGAUGCGAAGAAGAUCAAUGCUCGCCUAGAUGCGGUGGAUGCCCUCAAUGCUGAUUCGAGUGUCAGGGACCAAUUCUCCUCACAGCUGACCAAAAUGCCUGAUUUGGAGCGACUCAUUUCUCGUAUCCAUGCUGCAAACUGCAAAGCCCAAGACUUUUUGCGCGUCCUGGAAGGGUUCGAGCAGAUUGAGUACACCAUGAGCCUCCUUAAGGACAGUGGCUCAGGAGAAGGCGUCAUUGGGCAGUUGAUUGGGGCCAUGCCUGACUUGAGCGAGUUGCUUGAAUAUUGGAAGACUGCCUUUGAUCGCUCAAAGGCUAGGGAGAACGGCAUCUUGGUGCCCAAGCCUGGUGUCGAAGAGGAUUUCGAUAACUCCCAAGAACAUAUUGAGCAAAUCCACCGGGACCUCGAGAACCUGCUGAAGCGAGUGCGUCGGGAACUCGGCUCGUCCGCCAUCAUCUACAAGGACAACGGCAAGGAGAUCUAUCAGCUAGAAGUACCGAUCAAGGUCAAGAACAUUCCCAAAGGCUGGGAUCAGAUGUCUGCAACGAAACAAGUGAAACGGUACUAUUUCCCGGAGCUGCGGAAACUCAUCCGCCAGUUGCAAGAGGCCCAAGAGACGCACAGUCAAAUCGUCAAGGAAGUCUCUGGCCGAUUCUACGCACGAUUUGACGAAAAUUACUCAACCUGGCUUGCUGCCGUCCGUAUUGUUGCUCAGCUCGACUGCCUCAUCAGUCUCGCCAAAGCCUCCUCCGCUCUCGGCCAACCCAGCUGCCGCCCCGUGUUCGUUGACGAUGAGAGAAGCGUCCUCGAAUUCGAAGAGCUGCGUCACCCCUGCCUGGUCUCUUCAGUUGGCGACUUCAUCCCCAACGACGUCCAGCUAGGAGGCAACCGCCCCAACAUUGACCUCCUCACCGGAGCCAACGCGGCCGGAAAGUCCACCGUCCUACGAAUGACCUGCGUCGCCGUCAUCAUGGCCCAAAUCGGCUGCUAUCUCCCCUGCCAAUCCGCCCGCCUCACCCCCGUCGACCGGAUCAUGUCCCGACUAGGCGCCAACGACAACAUCUUCGCCGCACAAUCCACCUUCUUCGUUGAACUCUCCGAAACCAAAAAGAUCCUCUCCGAAGCCACCCCUCGCUCCCUCGUCAUCCUCGACGAGCUCGGCCGCGGCACCAGCUCCUACGACGGCGUCGCCGUCGCCCAAGCCGUCCUCCACCACGUCGCCACACACAUCGGAGCCCUCGGCUUCUUCGCAACACACUACCACUCCCUCGCCGCCGAGUUCGAAGGACACCCCGAAAUCGCCCCGAAGCGCAUGCGCAUCCACGUCGACGACGAGGAACGCCGCGUCACCUUCCUAUACAAACUCGAGAACGGCGUCGCGGAGGGCAGUUUCGGUAUGCACUGCGCCGCCAUGUGCGGUAUUCCCGAUAAGGUGAUUGAACGUGCCGAAGUAGCCGCCAAACAAUGGGAACAUACCAGUCGUCUGAAAGAGAGUCUGGAACGUCGCAAGGGCGGUGGUCUCGUGGGUAUGGGAUGGUGGAGUGAUAUUGCCUGGGCGCUGCGUGAGACGACAACGGCCACGAGCGAGAACGAGAACGAGGAAGUCAGUCACCGGAGUUUGGAGGUGUUGAGGAAGGCGAUUGAGGCUCUGUGAGCAUUAUGACAUGACUUGUUUUCUUCUCAAUCAUCAAGGUGGCAAUCAUGCAUAGAUAUGAUGUCUUUGGUGUGACGCGUGUUCUUUAUUUUUAUUUUUAUGUCCAGGGAUGGGAUAGGUGUUAGGUCAGGGAUAUGUUUAUUCUAAAAAAUGUGAGGAUAUGAAUUCGGGAUUAAUAUAUCAUGAUUAUACAGUUUAGAGGCCUUGGGCUGUCUAUUUUUCGGUAUGUAGCUGAACAGUGGAAAGAGGUGGGGAAGCGGAACGCAAG